CCAUUCGCCGGUUAGCACCGACUGCGGCUUCUGUGAGGAAAGCGGACGUUAACCUACGGUUGGUCUGGCUGCUACCAACACCAACAUGAGCGGCCUAGCUGGGGUCGAGGGGGCCCUUCACCCCCAGACCUGCAGCCCCGAUGCUCCCGACCCGGCCCCCGGACACCCCGACCCUGACCAGGGCCCGAAGCUCCGUGAGGAAACCGAGGCGUCCCAGGUGAUGGCGGAGUCGGGGGCGGGAGGCUCGGAGGCCGUCGCACUCCCGCGGCCCCAGCUUCCAGAGGAGGAGGGAGCGUCGCACGACCCUGCGGCCUGUGGUCCUACUCCCCAGGUCCCAGUCGGUGGGGGUCUCAGUUUCGGAGCGACUGAAGCGGAGCUAGAACAGGCUCCGCCUCCCGCCGGGGCCCUGGCGGCCGAGCCUGUGUCCAUGGCAACGGCCCGCGGCCCGAGCGACGUCUGUCAGCUCGGCGAGCCGCGCGGCUCAGGGGCGGCGCAGGCCUCGGAAACCUGUGGCGCAGAGAAGUCGGGGUCGGAGGUGGUGGCCGAGGCGAAGGCCGCGGAAGCGAACCCGAUCUCGGUAGCAGUGGCCGAGGCGGUGGUGGAGAAGGAAGGCAUGAAGGAGGAGAAAGUAGAUGAAGACAUGAAGGAGAUGAAGGAGGAGAAAGUAGAUGAAGAAGUGAAGGAGGCGGAGGUAGAGGAGAGGCCCGUAGGCGAGGAAAUAGAAAUGGCGGAGGAAAAUAGAGCGGUGGAGGAGGUGGAGGAGGGGGCAGGGCCCCGGCCCCUGAAUGUGAAUUUCCGCGUGAACCUCCGCAUGAACCCGCUGGAGGCCAUCCAGCAGGAACUGGACACUGUGAAUGCUCAGGCUGACCGGGCCUUUCAGCAGCUGGAGCAGAAGUUUGGACGGAUGCGUCGACACUACCUGGAGCGGAGGAAUUACAUCAUUCAGAACAUCCCGGGCUUCUGGGUCACUGCCUUUCGAAACCAUCCCCAGUUGUCCCCCAUGAUUAGGGGCCAAGACGCCGAGAUGUUAAGAUACAUAACCAACUUGGAAGUGAAGGAAUUCAGACACCCGAAAACUGGCUGCAAGUUCAAGUUCUUCUUUCGAAGAAACCCCUUCUUCAGAAACAAGCUGAUUGUCAAGGAAUACGAAGUCAGAGCGGGCCGAGUAGUGUCUCUUUCCACUCCAAUCGUGUGGCGUCGGGGUCAUGAACCCCAGUCCUUCAUUCGCAGAAACCAAGACGUCGUCUGCAAUUUCUUCACCUGGUUUUCAGACCACAGCCUUCCGGAGUCUGACAAGAUUGCCGAGAUCAUCAAAGAGGACCUGUGGCCAAAUCCUCUGCAAUACUACCUGUUGCGCGAAGGAGUCCGAAGAGCCAGACGUCGCCCACUAAGGGAACCAGUGGAGAUCCCCAGGCCGUUUGGGUUCCAGUCUGGUUAAACUUCGUCCUUGGGACUCCCUCUGCACAAGGUCCCCUGACACUUGCUGAGACCUGUGCUUGAGCAACAGAAAUGGGUGGUAUACCUUCUGUUUUUCCCUGACAUUCUAAAACCUUUUUUCUCUGGACAUUUGUUUUCUCAACCGCAAGAUUGGGACCUUCAUGGCUAUGCUUCUCCACUUCUACACAGCCUGACUUUUUCCACUUAUACACAACCUUCAUGCUGUUCUGCAUCAGUAUCACAUUCUGCAAGGCCAUGAUUCACACUGCUGCGAAGCCAAGUAAAUAUGCUGUAAAUGGCACUGCUUUUUUCUGUACUGCUUGGACUCUCUUUGUUUCCAGGGCCUCUGGUCUGGCUCUUACCAUCUGGGUUUCUAGCUUUAUCUAGAGGCCUGUUCUACCCACUCUGCUCAGCAGGGCAAGCAUAUAGCCUGUGGACUUGUGCAGGAAAUAAAACAGCCAGAGACACUGGAGAGCAGCAGUGGGCCACUUGGUCUUUGUGAUUUAUGUGACUCCAUUGCUCCCCUUGUACCUCUGGUCACCUAUUGUUGCCUGCUUCUGGCUGUGCACACUCCUCUUAGUCUGCUGCCUACUCGAUGAACAUCUUCCAGACCAUUGUCAGCUCCUCUCAUUUCUGGUAAACCAGAAUCUCCAGAACUGGUGGUGGACCCAAGUUUCCUGCUAGCACAAAUUUCCUUUCCAGCCUUUCCAUUCCUCUACCCAAAAGGCAUCUCAGUUCCUCACCCUCUCUCCCUUUGAUCCCCAUCAUCCAAGAGCCCUACUUCAGAGAAGUGGUUGAGGUGACAGUUUAGACCUUGUCCUUAUGACAAGUAUAAGGAUGGUGUCCAGGCUUUCUCAGCAUCUAGUGAAUUCACAUAAAACUUAGGUACCUCUCUGUACCUCCAUUCCUCAUCCUGAUGUAACUGUCAGGAUAGCAGUACACUUUCUGUGUGUCCCUUAUCUCAAAGAAAAAAACAACAACACUUAGAAACAUCUGCAAAAGCAGAUCUUUUAAUUAAUUUGGCUCUCCUUGAUUUCCAGGGACACUUCGACUGGUUGCCUCCCCACAUGCCCUGACCAACGAGGGCUGGGAAUGAAUCUGCAACCCAGGUAUGUUUUCUUGACGGGAUUGAACCCACAACCUUUUGGUGUAGUGGGUCAGUGCUCUAACCACUGCACACACUGGCCAGGAUUUUUUUUUUAUGUUGUUAAUUUUUACCCAACGAUAUUUUUUCCAUUGAUUUUGAGAGAGUUGGAGGGAGGAAGAGGGUGUGAAAGAGAGAAACAUCCAUGUGAGAUUGCAACCCAAGGUAUGUUUUCUUGACUGGGGAUUGAACCCACAACCUUUUGGUGUAGUGGGUCAGUGCUCUAACCACUGCACACACUGGCCAGGAUUUUUUUUUUUUAUGUUGUUAAUUUUUACCCAACGAUAUUUUUUCCAUUGAUUUUGAGAGAGUUGGAGGGAGGAAGAGGGUGUGAAAGAAACAUCCAUGUGAGACUGCAACCCAAGGUAUGUUUUCUUGACUGGGGAUUGAACCCACAACCCUUUGGUGUAGUGGGUCAGUGCUCUAACCACUGCACACACUGGCCAGGAUUUUUUUUUUUUUAUGUUGUUAAUCCUCACCCAACGAUAUUUUUUCCAUUGAUUUUGAGAGAGUUGGAGGGAGCAAGAGGGUGUGAAAGAAACAUCCAUGUGAGAUUGCAACCCAAGGUAUGUUUUCUUGACUGGGGAUUGAACCCACAACCCUUUGGUGUAGUGGGUCAGUGCUCUAACCACUGCACACACUGGCCAGGAUUUUUUUUUUUUAUGUUGUUAAUCCUCACCCAACGAUAUUUUUUCCAUUGAUUUUGAGAGAGUUGGAGGGAGGAAGAGCAGUGUGAAAGAGAGAAACAUCCAUGUGAGAGAGACGUCGAUUGGUUGCCUCUUGCACACCCCCCAACCAGGGCCAGCAUCAAACCUGCAACCCAGGUACACGCCCUUGACCUUGACCAGGAAUCGAAUUGGCAACUCUUCAGUGCUUGGGCCAACGCUCUGAUCACUGAACCACACUGGCAAGGGUGAGAAGAGUUAUUUAAAGAAAUACAACUUUUGAUGUUUUCUCUAUAUUUUCAUUUGACUUAAUUUAUGGAGAUAAAUACUGUGUCUUUUAUUUCACUAAUAAAUAAAAUCCUGUUAUUUUCUGUUUUUGCUUACUAGGAAAAUUGAGUUAUACAAGCUUUCUUUGCUUUUGUUUGGGAACAUUUAGAAAAAUAAUUUUUCCAGAUAUAGAGACUUAAAUGAAUAUUCAUAAUGGUUUUCAACUUGUUCUUGUUUCUGUCAAAACUGCAUUCUUAGAAAUAUAAGUAACUUGAUCUUGUCAGAUUAUCAAGACUUUGGAAAUUAUUGUCUUCAUGGAAAAAUAACCUGCAAAAACAGUGUGGUUUGAUUGUCUUGCUUGAUAAUUUGCCCUGGUAACAACUUAUUAACAAUUUAGCUUAAGUACUUGAAGACUGCUCUGUCAAAUUGGAAGUGUACCAAUAGCAUAUUUGUAUUUACAUAUAUGCAUGAUGUUAAAAUAAAAGUAUGUUACUCUGUUAAGAGUUCUUAUUUUUUACCUUGUCAACAAACAUGCUUGAAGAAAUUAUUAGAGAUAACCGAUUAUGGAAUUUAAUAAAGUUCUUCAAUGAACACAGCAGGCAUCAUCCCAAAAGUAAAAUAAAAUAUGGCACACUACUAUACCUUGAAAAGUAGGGAGGGAAGUUCCUUUUGUUUACUUUAAAAUGUCAACAAUCGUAAGUGCUUAUUCAUGAUGUCAGUUUUUCCCCAAACACUUUGUGCAGCACCCCCAUUCCACUCCAACCUUCACUUCCUUAAAGCUUCCAUUUUUGUCUAUAUAGAUAAUAGUUUCAGGUCACUCAGGCUUGUUUUAGUCAUUUGUGCAUUUAAUAAGCACACAUUUAGAUAAUUCUUAUAAGUGAUAUACUCUUCUAUCCCAUACUUUUUCAGCUGUAGAAACUUGUUCUUCAAACCUCACCACCUUCUCUCAAAUCCUUCAAGGUCUUCAUAAGUAACUCUUCUGUUUUACACUUUUUCUGUUCCCCUUAGGGAAGAUGAAACUUUUUUAUGUACUUGGUGUACUUUGUAGGAUUCUCUGUUCUAGAAAAUAACACAGUAAUUCAUUAUGUUGAAUUCCAUGAACAUUUGUUAAGGCAUCUGUCAGGCCCCAGGAAGAUAACAAGUGUAAGAAGAGAGAAUGCAUUCCAUUUAUUGUUCAAGAACUGGGGAAAGACUGAUAGGGAAACAAAUAAUUGACAGAGUGACAAAGAUUUAUUCACAUGUCUUUCACUGUCCCUUUCUGGUUUGGAAGUUUUGUGAAAGCAGAGAUGGAAAAGGAUGUUUUUUACCUUCGUCACUACAUCUAGCUUAAUGUACAUAGUUGUUACCAGAUAAAUACUGAAUGACAAAAUGAACAACUCAAAUGGAUAAAAGAAACAAAAUAAUCUAGUACUCAGCCAAGCAUGUCAAACUUGAGGCCUGCGGGCUGCAUGUGGCUCACAAGGAAUAUUUUUGCGGCCCAGCCAAUAUAAUGGUAUGUAAGGAAUGUUUUAAUAAAAAUUUGUAACUUAAUUUUUACAAUAUCCUAUUAUAUAUAACUAGAGGCUCGAUGCAUGAAAUUCAUGCAAGAGUAGGCCUUCCUUCCCCUGGCUGCCAGCACCAGCUUCCCUCCAGCACCUGGGACCCAGGCUUCCCUCCAGCCUCCAACAGGCACCAGGGACCCAGGCUUCCCUCGCAGUCCCAGCUUAGUCCAGAAGGACGUCAGGUCUAAUUAGCAUAUUAUGCUUUUAUUAUUGUAGAUUAUUAAUAACGAACUACAAUGUUUGCUAAUGACUGAUUAAUCCUGUUGCAUUAAUUUCCCUUACGCCCCUUAUGUGCAGGCGGACCAUUUCUCUCCACUGAUACUAGCAGUGAAUAUUUAAGCAGCCGAUUGCCAUGUCAUUUGUACUGACCUGUUUGGUGUGUGCAACAGGAAAUAUUUCGCUGAGAACGGGAAAAAUAGGUUUAUUUGCAUUAUGCUUAUUAAUUUGUGCAGUUAUUCAGUGUCUGGUAAGUUAAUGUUCAAGAAAAAAUUAAUUUUUAUUAAAUGUUCUACUUUAUGUUAAUGAUUACUCAUUUAUUUCAGCCCUUUGCAUUCAGCUAAAUAAAACUUUAUUUAAAUAUCUAAAUCUGUG